AUGGGCUCGGUGUCCAACCAGCAGUUUGCAGGUGUGCUGUGGCAGAAAAACUCAAGCUACACAGGUGGCUGCGCCAAGGCAGCGGAGAAGGCGCCCGAGGAGGCGCCGGCUGACGCGGCCAGGGCGGCAGAGGAGCCGCAGCUGCUUCACGGCGGCAUCUGUAAGUGGUUCAACCUGCGCAUGGGGUUCGGCUUCCUGUCCAUGACCGCCUGCGCAGGGGUCGCGCUCGACCCCCCGGUGGACGUCUUUGUGCACCAGAGUAAGCUGCACAUGGAAGGUUUCCGGAGCCUCAAGGAGGGUGAGGCGGUAGAGUUCACUUUCAAGAAGUCUGCCAAGGGUCUGGAAUCCAUCCGUGUCACUGGCCCUGGUGGGGUGUUCUGUAUUGGAAGUGAGCGGCGGCCAAAGGGGAAGAACACACAGAAACGAAGAUCUAAAGGCGACAGGUGCUAUAACUGUGGUGGUCUAGACCACCAUGCCAAGGAAUGCAAGCUGCCGCCCCAGCCCAAGAAGUGCCACUUUUGCCAAAGCAUCAACCAUAUGGUGGCCUCAUGCCCACUGAAGGUCCAGCAGGCCCCCACUUCUCAGGGGAAGCCUGCCUACUUCCGGGAGGAAGAGGAAGAGAUCCACAGCCCUGCCCUGCUUCCAGAAGCCCAGAAUUGAGGCCCAGGAGUGGGGGCUAUUCUUUUGUUAUUGGGGAGUUUCAAGGAGGAGGCAUCAAUCGGCAGGAUGGAGAAAGUGGGAUGGGGUGGGUUGCGGGUGGCUGGCAUUGCCAUGCUUCUCAGGCCGGGGUUCCCAGUAUCACCCUGUCUUCCCUUGGUGGGGGGAAAGGGAGAGUCAAUGGAAACUCCAACCAUGCUUUAUCGACAUGCAAGUGAAGGAACCUGCAUGCCUUGGCUGAGGCUUGAACCCAACACGACAUGCGUUUGAAAGUGGCUGGGAUAGGAAAGUCCUUCUGUAGAAGGCUGUGUGAUAUUUCCCUUGCCAGACAGGGUGUGAAACAAGUGCAAAACCACAUCAAUGAACCUAACCCUCCAGCUACUACAUCCUGUGGGAGGGACUCGCAAAAGCCAGGCAAGGGUUUUCUUUCCACAUCUUGCUUACUCAUAACCCAGUCCUGGGGUGCGGUGCUGGGAACAGUGUCCAGCAGUGGGUUGUGAUGACAGGCAGAGGGUAGCUGGGCAGGGGGACAGUCGCAGACCUGCAGUGCUCCCUCACUCCCAGUCCUUUCUGGGCCAAUGUGAUUUUAAUUUAUUUGGGCCCUUGGGUAACUGCACCUUGGUUCCACUUCCUCCAGGAUGCCAACUGCACUGUCUGUGUGCGAAUGACGUAUCUUGUGCGUUUUAGUUUUUUUCCUUAAUAUAAAUAAUGGGUUUGUAUUUUUGUAUAUUUUAAUCUUAAGGCCCUCAUUCCUGCACUGUGCUCUCAGGUACACAAGCAAUCUCAGGGAUAAGUCCAAGCAGCUCCAGGUCUGCGCAGCAGGAAUACUUUUUGUUUAGAUCACCAUGGAGACCAACCAUUGGAAUGCACAGCCUAUUGAACUACCUCAUUUUUGCCAAUUACAGAUGGCUUUUCUGCCAUAUAGUCCUUAAAACCUCCGUCCACCUUAAAAUGUCUCACAGGAGGCUAGGUUUUAAUUAAGCUACCCAUGACUUGAUCUCACUUUUUUGGGCAAGAGAUUGGAAAUUACACAGGAAAAGGUGGUACAGGGAUGUCAAAAAGCUGGGCCAGGUGAAAGGCACAAGAGUCAUUUUCCAUCCCAAGUCCAUCCUUCACCAGAUGAGUCUGCCAUACACAGCAGGGUGUGAGUGUGUAUGUAUGUAUGUGUGUUGGUUUUUUAAAAUGCAAAUUUAUGAGGAUGAGGUUUUUUUGUUGUUUGAUUGUUUUUAGAUACUGGGAUUGAACCUUGGGCCUCAUUUGUGCUGGGAUGUCCCCUGCCACUGGGUUCUCCUGGUAAGGAUGCAGCCUAAGACCAACACCCUUAGUCCCACACUGUGCUGUCGAGGGAUGGGGAUGUGAAACAAGGACUCAAAUCCUUAGCCUUUCACAA